UGAGGGGGGCAGGGCGGCGCAUGAAUUCACCACUGUCGAUGCAAAAUUUUUGGUUCAAGAGUGGCCGACAAUGCAUCUGCACUGGAAGAACCAGUAACGGAUGCCGACGUCAUGAAUGCUGAAGAGUCUGCUGCCGAGAAUAGCUCGGAAGUGCAGUUGCUCAAGGAGUUGCUUCUGCAGCAAACACGACGAUCAGAGACUUUGGGGCGGCAGGCAGCGGCGCGCGACUGGGAGCGAUGGGAGCUCCUGCAGCAGCUGCGACAGAAAGAUGAGCAGCUGGAGUUCGAAGAGAUCGCUGCCACAAAACAACGAGUUGUUUUGAGCACGGUGCGCGCCACGGCGCGGCAUUACCGGGCAGUGUGCUGUUUGCGCGCCUGGAGGAGCCAUGUGCAGCAGCUGUGCGCGGAGCGAGCCCUGCUCCGCGCCAAGAACCGGCUGGCAUUGGGCCGGCGGCGGCAUGCCAGCAGCCUCAUCCAUUCGGUGUUGAAACGUGUGCUGGAACGGCAUCUGACAUCGGGGCUUCAUGCGCUGGGCGUUCACCGAGCGAGCUUCGUCUCGCCCGAGAUUGAGAAGAGGAGAGUCCCAGAGCCGGGCUUCUCCACGCCUCCGAAGAGCAGUCACCCAAGUCGAGUCCACUGGGACCCCAGUCCGAUCCCGCGGAUGCCGGGCCGAGCGGCGUAUCCCAGCGAGGUGUCCACCGAGAUCCCCAGCGAGGCCGCAUUAGACUCCGAGCGUGCGGAUUUGGAGUCCUCCCUCGAGACGGUGCGGCUCACGCAGGAGGCUGCAGCUCAAGCGCCCAACAAAGUGAGGAGAUCUCUCCUGGAGGCAUGGGGUCGCGACCGCGGGAAGUGGGCCCAGGAGCGUGCGGCCUUGAGUGCUGCAGCUGAUGAGGCCAGGGAAGAAGCGAGGAUGGCACGUUGGGCCAACGCAGAGGCUGAGGCAAACUAUGCAGAAGCAGCGGAGGUUGCCAGAGCAGAGCUGCGAGGAGAGGAACAUUUGUGCAUGCAGCUUGCAGCCCAGUUAAGGGAACGAAUCCACCAGGCCGAAUCUUUGGAGGAAGCCUUGGAGCUGAAAUUGGAAGGAGCAAAGGCCACUCCUGACGGAGCACCUUCUUCCAGUCAGCUCCAAGAGCUGGACUCCUAUGCUGCGCUGGUGGACCGGCUUCGCAGCGAAGUGGCGCACGAGCGCUCAGAGCGCGAGGCCUCCGCAAGCAGUUUAGCCACCCUACGCAAUUCGUAUCGAUUGCUUCUACAGCGCACGUCCAAUGACUGCGGGGCACCCAAAUCCGUGGUGUGAACAGAAUAGGAAACUCCUUCUAUAAAUUGGAAUGGAAGAAAAGGAAGAAGAAGCAUUUUAUGCACAAAGAAAGAACGUCUCAGAAGUCUCAGAACAACCAUGAACAACCCAAAAACAAACGGACGCCCCCCCCCAAUGUCCGUUGGUGCUUUUUGCCUGAUUUCUCCAUGUUCGCCAUGUUGAUGGCGAGUCGUUGUUCGUUUUCACCUUCUGAGGCCUGAGGGAAGGAAGCAGAGCCUGCAGAGGGGCAUGGGCGCGGUGAGGCCGAGGGCUUUCCAUUCGCAGCAAGUGACCCUGGACUACCAGUGGCGUUCUCAAGCGGCAUGAUGGUAUACUCAAUCUCAACUACUAGUGUGGCCAUGUAUGACUUGGCCAUUGACAUCAUCCAAAAAUGAAUGGCCAAUGAUUCUGGCCAAACAAAGGAUUUGGAUGCACGUGCAACGACAUAUUGCAUCCUGC